CGGCAGGGCGGGCGCCGCGAUCGCGGAGGCGCGGGCGUCCGCGCGGCCCUUUAUAGCGCGCCCGGCACCCGCUUCUCCAGACUCGGCUCCCCGCGCCCCUUCCCGCUCUUUCCCCAGGGGCGCAUUCAGCCCAACCUCUCCAGCCUUCGGGGCGCGACGAAUCCUCCCGACCUCGCCAGCAGCUCGUGGACAUGGCGUCUCCCACCGGACCCCGGGUGACCUGCCCCGAGGCCGCUGUCUCCAGGACACUCCUCCUCGGCUGGGUCCUUGUCCAGGUGGCCGGAGCCUCAGGCACUACAGGUGUGGUGGUAGCAUAUAAUAUAACUUGGAAAUCAACGAAUUUCAAGACAAUUUUGGAGUGGGAACCCAAACCCAUCAAUCAUGUCUACACUGUUCAGAUAAGCCGUAGAUUAGGAAAUUGGAAAAGCAAAUGCUACUCCAUCACCGACACAGAGUGUGACGUCACUGAUGAGAUUGUGAAAGACGUGAAGCAGACGUACUCAGCGCGGGUCCUUUCCACACCGGCAAAUGCCACCGGUUACACUGGGGAGCCCCAGUACACAAACUCCCCGGAGUUCAUUCCUUACUUAGAGACUAAUCUCGGACGGCCAACAAUUCAGAGUUUUGAACAAAUUGGGACAAAACUGAAUGUGACGGUACAGGAUCCUCGGACCUUAGUCAGAAUGAAUGGCACAUUCCUGAGCCUCCGGGAUGUCUUUGGCGAGGACUUAAGUUACACACUUUACUACUGGAAAGCUUCAAGUACAGGAAAGAAAAUGGUCAAGACAAACACUAAUGAGUUUUUGAUUGAUGUGGAUAAAGGACAGAACUACUGUUUCAAUGUUCAAGCCGUGAUUGCAUCACGAAAAGCUAACCAGAAGAGUCCCGAAAGCCCCAUUGAGUGCAGCAGCCACGAGAAGGGUGUGUUCAAAGACAUGUUCUUCAUCAUCGGAGCAGUGGUGUUUGUGGUCAUCAUCUUCAUCAUCACCCUGUCCCUGUGUCUGUACAAGUGCAAGAAGGCCAGAGCAAGGAAAAGUGGCAAGGCGAACUCCCCGCUCCGUGUUGCAUAAAGCACGUGACAUUAGAGCUGCCGACUUCUGCAGUUUAUAUUGCACUGUGACAAAGAACUUUUAAAAGGAUGGAAUAUAUGGAAACAAAAAAAUGAAUUUUUGGAGCAUGGAGACUCUUGGGCCCAAAGAAAGUUCUUUAUCUGACUGUUCUCAUGAAUAGCAUUCUGGUUUCGAGACCAGCACUAGUCACUUUGGAAUGUAAUGAAUGGUACAACCAAUUCCAAGUUUUUGGGUUUUUUUUAAAUAUAUUUUAUUGAUUUUCUACAGAGAAGAAGGGAGAGGGAUAGAGAGCCAGAAACAUCGAUGAGAGAGAUCGAUCAGCUGCCUCCUGCACGCCUCCCAGUGGGGAUGUGCCCGCAACCAAGGUACAUGCCCUUGACCGGAAUCGAACCUGGGACCCCUGAGUCCGCAGGCCGACGCUCUAUCCACUGAGCCAAACCGGUCCGGCAAUUCCAAGUUUUUUAAAUUUAUUUUUUAACACUAUGGCACCUUUUGCACAUAUCAUGCUUUAGACUGUAUUUUCUACACUCAAGACGAAACCAGGUCAUCUAAACAAAAACAAAUGAACAAAUGCCUUAAAAAGUCCUGGGUGGACUUUUGGAAUACUUUCAACAUGCUGACUUCAAACCAUGUGGGAGAGUAAAAUGGAAAUUGGGUGGACUUUUCUAACAUGUGUCUGUCCUUUUAAAAUGUGGAGUUUAGGUUCUUUUUAGAGUUCUUUUGGAGGUUCAAAAUAGUUGGCAAAACAUAUGCAUGUGUUAAAUGCAGAAGACUUCCACUUUGCCUGACCAAGCCUGACAACUUUGGGCAUGUGCAUUACAGUUUAGCACUUUAACUGACUUAAAUGCUAUUAAUUAAACACUUGACAGCUAGCUAUAUUUUUAUGAAACUAUAUAAACUACAUAAAGUUUAUGAUUUAAGGUACUUCAAGUUUAUAUGGUCAACAUUGUAUAUAUUUAUAUAAUUUUUUAAAGGUUUUAUAUGGGAUUUUCUAUUUAUAGAGGUGAUAUUGUUCUAUUUGUAUAUAUUGAGAUAAUUUAUUUAAUAUAGUUUUAUAUAAAUAAAGGUGACUGGGAAUUGUGA